CCUAUUCGAAUUGGGGAAUGUGUACAAGGAAAGAGGGCAGUUGCAGGAAGCAGUUGAGCAUUACCGGCAUGCAUUGCGUCUCAAACCAGAUUUCAUCAAUGGUUAUAUUAACCUGGCAGCCGCUUUGGUAGCAGCAGGCGACAUGGAAGGGGCAGUACAAGCUUACGUCUCUGCUCUUCAGUACAAUCCUGAUUUGUACUGUGUUCGCAGUGACCUGGGGAACCUGCUCAAAGCCCUGGGUCGCUUGGAAGGAGCCAAGGCAUGUUAUUUGAAAGCAAUGGAGACGCAACCGAACUUUGCAGUAGCUUGGAGUAAUCUUGGCUGUGUUUUCAAUGCACAAGGGGAGAUUUGGCUUGCAAUUCAUCACUUUGAAAAGGCUGUCACCCUUGACCCCAAUUUUCUGGAUGCUUAUAUCAAUUUAGGAAAUGUCUUGCAAGAGGCACGGAUUUUUGACAGAGCUGUGGCAGCUUACCUUUGUGCCCUAAGCUUGAGCCCAAAUCAUGCAGUGGUACAUGCCAACCUGGCUUGUGUAUAUUAUGAGCAAGGCCUGAUGGAUCUGGCAGUAGACACCUACAGGCGAGCUAUUGAAUUGCAACCACAUUUCCCUGAUGCUUACUGCAACCUAGCCAACGCUCUGGAAGAGAAGGGCAGUGUUGCCGAAGCAGAAGAGUGUUAUAAUACAGCUCUGCGGCUGUGUCCCACCCAUGCAGACUCUCUGAAUAACCUAGCCAAUAUCAAAGGAGACCAGGGAAACUUUGAAGAGGCAGUUCGCUUGUAUUGUAAAGCAUUAGAAGUCUUCCCAGAGUUUGCUGUUGCCCAUUCAAAUUUAGCAAGUGUAUUGCAGCAGCAGGGAAAACUGCAGGAAGCUCUGAUGCAUUAUAAGGAGGCUGUUCGAAUCAGUCCUACCUUUGCUGAUGCCUACUGUAACAUGGGAGACACUCUAAAGGAGAUGCAGGAUGUUCAGGGAGCCUUGCAGUGUUAUACUCGUGCCAUUCAGAUUAACCCUGCACUUGCGGAUGCCCACAGCAAUCUGGCUUCCAUUCACAAGUAUUCAGGGAAUAUUCCAGAAGCAAUUGCUUCUUAUCGCACUGCUCUGAAGCUUGAACCUGAUUUUCCUGACGCUUAUUGUGAUUUGGCUCAUUGCCUGCAGAUUGUCUGUGAUUGGACAGACUAUGAUGAGCGAAUGAAGAAGUUGGUCAGCAUUGUGGCUGACCAGCUGGAGAAGAAUAGGUUGCCUUCUGUGCAGCCUCAUCAUAGUAUGCUCUAUCCUCUUUCUCAUGGCUUCAGGAAGGCUAUUGCUGAGAGCCAUGGGAACCUCUGCUUGGAUGAGAUCAGUGUCUUUCAUAAACCACCAUACGAACAUCCAAAAGACUUGAAGCUCAGUGAUGGUCGACUGCAUGUAGGAUAUGUGAGUUCUGACUUCGGGAAUCAUCCUACUUCUCAUCUUAUGCAGUCUAUUCCAGGCAUGCACAAUCCUGAUAAAUUUGAGGUAUUCUGUUAUGCCCUGAGCCCAGAUGAUGGCACAAACUUCCGAGCGAAGGUGAUGGCAGAAGCCCAUCAUUUCAUUGAUCUUUCUCAGAUUCCAUGCAAUGGGAAAGCAGCUGAUCGCAUCCAUCAAGACGGUAUACACAGCCUUGUAAAUAUGAAUGGUUAUACCAGGGGUGCUCGAAAUGAACUCUUUGCUCUCAGGCCAGCUCCUAUUCAGGCAAUGUGGCUGGGCUACCCUGGGACCAGUGGCAUGCUUUUCAUGGAUUAUAUCAUCACUGAUCAGGAAACUUCACCUGCUGAAGUUGCUGAGCAGUAUUCUGAGAAAGUGGCUUAUAUGCCCCAUACUUUCUUUAUUGGUGAUCAUGCUAAUAUGUUCCCUCACCUGAAGAAGAAGGCAGUCAUCGAUUUUAAGUCCAAUGGGCACAUUUGUGACAAUCGGGUUGUGCUGAAUGGCAUCGACCUCAAAGCAUUUCUUGAUAGUCUCCCAGAUGUGCAGAUUGUCAAGAUGAAAUGUCCUGAUGGAGGAGACAAUGCAGACAGCAGUAAUACGGCUCUUAAUAUGCCUGUCACUCCUAUGAAUACUAUUGCAGAGGCAGUUAUUGAAAUGAUUAACAGAGGACAAAUUCAGAUAACAAUUAAUGGAUUCAGUCUUAGCAAUGGACUGGCAACUACCCAGAUCAACAUCAAGGCUGCCACUGGAGAGGAGGUUCCCCGUACCAUUAUUGUAACCACACGUUCUCAGUACGGGUUACCGGAAGAUGCCAUUGUGUACUGUAACUUCAAUCAGUUAUAUAAAAUUGACCCAUCUACUUUGCAGAUGUGGGCAAAUAUUCUGAAGCGUGUUCCCAAUAGUGUGCUGUGGCUGUUGCGUUUUCCAGCAGUAGGAGAACCUAAUAUUCAACAGUAUGCACAAAAUAUGGGCCUUCCCCAGAAGCGUAUCAUUUUUUCACCUGUUGCUCCUAAGGAGGAACAUGUUCGGAGAGGCCAGCUGGCUGAUGUCUGCUUGGACACUCCACUCUGUAAUGGACACACCACAGGGAUGGAUGUCCUUUGGUCAGGGACACCCGUGGUGACUAUGCCAGGAGAGACUCUUGCUUCCCGAGUUGCAGCUUCCCAGCUCACUUGUUUAGGCUGUCUUGAGCUUAUUGCUCAAAAUAGACAAGAAUAUGAAGACAUAGCUGUGAAACUGGGAACUGAUCUAGAAUACCUGAAGAAAAUUCGUGGCAAAGUCUGGAAGCAGAGAACAUCUAGCCCUCUGUUCAACACCAAACAAUACACAAUGGACCUAGAGCGGCUCUAUCUACAGAUGUGGGAGCAUUACGCAGCUGGCAACAAACCUGAUCACAUGAUUAAGCCUGUUGAAGUCACUGAGUCGGCCUAAAUAAUGACUGUGUGCACAGGAGAAUUACCCUGUACCUGAGCCUCAACCUUCUGGGGGAAAGGGAACUACUUUUUCCUUAUCUGUACAAUACCAUGCUGCAGAUGGGUGACAGACAAUGAUAAGAAAUAGCACAGCCAGACUUGCUUCCUGCAUGAUCAUGAUCACGAUAGGGAGAGACACAAGAGAUGGGAAACUGCUGUUCCACAAGGAGUCUCCAUAGAAUUUUGCAGCAGCCAGGUGUCUGGAAGGUCUGGAAGUGAGUCCUGUUCUACCUUUUUCUUUCAGCAGAAAUGAAAUCCCAGGUAAGUAUAAGUAUUCAAAUAUUUGAUCAGUAAGUCACAGUUAUCUCCAGUACAUUAAAUAACUUUCAUCAAAAAACAUGUUAUAGGUAAAAAGCUCUGAAGGACCAGCUAUGUAUAUGAUAAUUAUGUUUCAGACCUUCUAGGGUAUUAUAUAUAAUAACUUGUCUUCUGGACGUGGUCUUGAAGUCUUUAUGGAUUCAGUCUCAGUAGUAGCGAACUGCACUGCUACUUGGUUUGGAGUACAAAUUAGACUUUAGCCCUCCUGGAGGUUGAGUUUUUGGUAUUGAAAACCAUAGGAAUGAAAUUAUUGUAUUUCAGCAAAGGAUCGAGGGCUUGAGGCUUAAACAAGGCAACAUACGUGUGGGAAGCAGUCAGCCUUGAGGGCAGGUAAGGACAUGCCAGGCAUGCGGCCGCUGCUCGAAGGGACUGUCCCUACUUGUUCCCCUCCUUGUUCCAUUCCAUGGGAGAUAAAUCACCAGGGCCCAGAGAUCAGAAAGAAUGUAAAAUGAGACAAGCAAAGCUGUCUCCCCCCUGCACAUGCAGGUUAUUUUUGAUGCUUCUGGGUUUAUGGGUUUCCUCCCAGGGAAGUUAACCUCAAGCCGAGACAGUCUGUAGAUAAUGUAAACCACCAUCUGGCAACCUUCCUUUUUCUAGUCUAGAUAAUCUGCAACUGUAGCGCAAUAAAAUUUGCCUUGCAACCAUCAAUUGUCUUGGUCCUUCUGACCCCAUCCGUCAGUGCCACUUCAGUUCCUUACCCCUUCCCUUCUGACCCUGGGCGGUGAGAUCCUCUUUCUUCGGCUGGUCCGCGGCAAGUGGCACUCGAACAGGGACCUGAAGUGCGAAGGCAAUUAAAAGAAAAAGAAAGUGCAGGUAAGAGAACCCUUAUGCAAAAUAUGUGUGGCCACCAGUAAAAGUGAAACGAAUAGAGGCAUAAGGCAAUAGUCAGAAGUAAAAUAAGAUGGGGCAAAAGGGCUCAAAGGAGUGUGAAUUAUUUGCUCAGGUUUUACUUUCGAUGCUUAAAGCUCGGGGUAAUAAAGUUUCUACCUCACAGUUGACUGAAUUUUUACAGCAAAUCCAUGGUGUAUCUCCCUGGUUUCCUGAUGGCGGCUCUGUUGACAUAGAAAUCUGGCAGAAAGUUGGAGAAGAUUUAAAAAAUUAUUACGAGUCUCGAGGGCCUACUCAUACUCCUGUUGUUACAUAUAGUUUGUGGACUCUGAUAAAAAUAUGUUUAGAUUCUUCUCAUGAUAGUGUUGAUUUGAAUGUAAAGUCAGAAAAACAUAAGCCUCUGACAGAAGGAGAGACUGUAUUAUCAGCUACUGUGUCGCCACUUCCUAAACCGAAAGAGCUAAUUAAUUUAAAUAUUUUAGAUGAAGAGGAACAUUUUGACUUAACAGAUGAGGCUUGUAAACAUAAAAGAGAGAAAUAUCCUGAGGAUGAUUUUCUAAUGGCUGUGAUAGAGAAGUCAGUGAAAAAGCUGCAGGUUAAUAAGGACUGUCUUCCUCAAAAAUCCACAUCUGUAAAAAUGCUGAGUCCCUUGCAGCGCGCUGUACAAGGAGCAAUAAAACGAGGAGAAGAUCCUAUUUUCUGUUGUCCCGUCAUAGAAAGACCUGAUCCUAAUAAUCCUCAACAAGCUACUAGGGAGCAUCAGGCUCUCCCUUUGAAAGUUUUGAAAGACUGAAAAUCUGCCUGUGCUCAAUAUGGGCCCACUGCUCCUUUUACUACUGCUAUGGUUGACAGGAGAAGCUCUUCCCCCCGCUGAUUGGAAGUCUAUUGCACGAGCUUGUUUAAAUGGUGGAGAUUAUUUAAUAUGGAAGUUUGAUUUUUAUGAACGGGCUGCUGAACAAGCAGAAAAGAAUGCUGCCCAUAAUAUUCCAGUUGAUUAUCAUAUGCUGAUUGGGGAAGGACAAUAUCUUUCUUUACAAGAUCAAUUAACUUAUCCCUUUGUUGCUUAUCCUCAAAUAAAUCAUUUGGCAUUACAAGCCUGGAGGAAAUGACCUUCUACACACAAAACUGAAGAUCUUUCAAAACUUAGACAGGGACCUGAUGAACCAUAUGCUGAUUUUGUAGAUAGGUUGUCACAGGCGGUGGGGAGACUCAUUGUGGACGGACUCACUGGUACAAUUGUAGUUAAGCAACUUGCUUUUGAAAAUGCUAAUAAUGAGUGUCAGGCUGCGAUUCGACCUUGGAGAAAACGGGGAACAUUGGAGGAUUAUAUUCACCCUUGUGCAGACAUUGGGCCUACUUAUAUACAGGGUGCUGCUGUGGCUGCAGCAUUAACUAAAGUGGGGUUUAAAAACAAUCAAAAGAAAACAAAGACUUGUUUUAAAUGCGGAAAGGCAGGUCCUUUUGCUAGAGAAUGUAGAUCUUUUAAUUCUAACCCUAGUCCUUCCUUCCCUACUCAAAAACCUCCAGAUGGUCAGAAAAUCCCUGGUUUAUGCCCUAAAUGCAAUAGGGGAAAACAUUGGGCACAAGAUUGUUGCUCAGUGGCCCACAAGGAUGGGCCACCACUGUCGGGAAACUCUUCCCAGGGCCUUCCCCGGCCCCAACAAAUAAUAAGCGCAAUGUCUGUGUAUCCUCCUCAAAUUAUCAAUCAGACAUUAACCAAAAACAAAAACAUACAAUAUCCUCGCUCUCCAGAGCAACACCAGGAAGCGCAGGACUGGAGCUCAGUACCUCCGCCCGAUAUGUAUUAACUCCUGAAAUGGGUCCUCAGGCCCUCUCUACGGGCAUCUGUGGACCUUUACCCAAGGGUUUGAUGGGACUAUUAUUGGGAAGAAGUAGUGUCACCAUGAAAGGUUUAACUGUUAUGCCAGGAGUCAUAGAUUCUGACUACGAAGGAGAAAUAAAAGUCAUGGCACAAACUAUUAAAAAUAUAAUAACUAUUUCUCCUGGUGAUAAAAUUGCACAAUUGCUACUUUUGCCCUUUGUACCUCAUGGACAAAUUUUACAACAUCAAAAGAGAGAAACAAAGGCUUUUGGAUCGUCUGAUGCUGCCUACUGGAUUCAGAAGAUAGGGAAAGAACGUCCAGAAAUGAAAUGAACCAUUAAUGGAAAGGUUUUUUCAGGUUUGUUAGACACUGGAGCUGAUGUCUCUGUUAUGACGCAGGUACACUGGCCUAAACGUUGGCCCAUUAGUCCUACUAUUACAGAACUUCACGGAAUAGGACAAAGUUCUUCUCCUAUGCAAAGUAGUCAGUUUUUUUUAUGGCAAGAUAGUGAGGGCCAUUCAGGAUAUUUCCAGCCUUAUGUUUUGCCUGGGCUGCCUUUAAACCUCUGGGGCCGAGAUAUAUUAAAAGAAAUGGGAGUAUUACUUUAUAGUCCAAACUCUCAAGUCUCUAAUAUGAUGUUGGAUCAAGGAUUUCUUCCCACAAAAGCGCUGGGAACAAAUCAACAAGGAACUGUCUAUCCUAUUGAUGUGAAAAUAAAAAAUGAUAGACAAGGUUUGGGUUUUUCUUAGGGGCCUUGGAUUCUCCACUCACUGCUGAUCCAAUUACUUGGCUGACUGAUGACCCUGUAUGGGUGGACCGAUGGCCCCUCACAAAGGAGAAAUGAGAAGCUGCAGAACAAUUAGUACUGGAACAAUUAGGGCAUUUAGAAAUUUCCAGUAGUCCUUGGAAUACUCCUAUUUUUAUUAUCAAGAAAAAAUCUGGAAAAUAUAGGUUAUUACAGGAUCUAAGAGCUGUUAAUAAAACUAUGCUAAUAAUGGGAGCUCUUCAACCAGGCCUACCCUCUCCAACAGCCAUACCACACAAUUAUCAUCUUUUAGUUAUAGAUUUAAAAGAUUGUUUUUUCACUAUUCCUUUGUUUCCUGAAGAUAGAAAACAUUUUGCUUUUAGCUUGCCUGCCUUAAUUUUUAAGGAACCCAUGAGGAGAUUUCAAUGGAAAGUAUUGCCUCAGGGCAUGGCAAAUAGUCCUACAUUAUGCCAAAAAUAUGUGGCUCAGGCCUUGACUCCUGUGAGAAAAAGGUUUCCAUCGUUAUAUCGCAUACAUUAUAUGGAUGAUAUACUUUUAGCCACUGAUAAUAUUUCUUUAUUAGAGACUGCUUUUCAAUUUUUACAACAGUCCUUACAAUCAUUUGGCUUGGUCAUUGCCUCAAGAAAACUUCAAAGACAAUCUCCAUUUUUAUAUUUGGGAAAAUAUAUUGAUAACACUACUAUUAGGCCUCAAAAACUGCAAAUUCGAGUUGAUAAUUUAAAAACAUUAAAUGCUUUUCAAAAAUUACUUGGAGAUAUUAAUUGGCUAAGGCCUGCCUUAAAACUUACUACUGCUCAAUUACAGCCUUUGUUUGAUAUUCUUAAAGGUGACUCAGAUCCUUCUUCUUCACGCUCUAUGACUCCAGAAGGAUUUCAAGCUUUACAAAUAGUCAAUAGAUCUAUCAGUUCUACACAAUUAACUAGAAUUCAUACUCACCUUCCUAUUUUCUUAAUAAUUUGUCCAACUCCUCAUGUGCCUACUGCCGUCUUAUGGCAAACUGUUGGAAUUAUUGAAUAGAUUCAUAUGAAAUCUACACCCUCUAAAGUUAUUAACCCUUAUUAUGAACUUAUUAGUAAUUUAAUAAUGCAAGGUAGAACUAGAUGCUUACAACCUAUAAGUAUAGAACCUUCUCAAAU